AUGUCUGAUGAUGAGGGACAGUUCGCCCACCAGGGAGGUGGUCAGACCGGGUCCUUGACCUACCCAAUGCAGGCUGGCGCUCUCAAGAAGGGAGGCUACAUCUGCAUUAACGGUCGUCCAUGCAAGGUAAUUGACCUUUCUGUGUCGAAGACGGGCAAGCACGGCCACGCCAAGGUCAGCAUUGUUGCCACCGACAUAUUUACUGGUAACAAGAUGGAGGACCAGGCCCCGACUACCCAUAACGUGGAAGUUCCCUUUGUGAAGACGAACACAUACAGCGUGUUGGACAUUCAAGAGGAUCGCGAAGAUCCUGGCAAGCCGGCUCAUCUUUCGCUGAUGGAUGAUGAAGGAGAGACUCGCGACAACCUGGACAUGCCUCCGAAUGCGGAAUUGGCUGCCCAGAUAAAGGAGCAGUUCGACGCAGGAAAGGACGUCUUGGUCGUUGUAGUUUCUGCGAUGGGAACGGAUCAGAUUCUCAGCUUUAAGAAUGCUGUGGAGAAGUAA